AUGGCCAUGGCGCCUGUGCCCAAACCGAGCAAAUUGGACCGUUAUGCGCCGGAUCUCGUUGCCCGAAAGACGCCGCGCCCAGAUAGGUACUAUCGGGGAUCACCGCCACGGAGUCCUCCUUCAUCGGUCAUCACAUUCCAUGGCAGCGAUGCUGGUACCCAAAAUCCAGCUUUGAGCAACACAGUGGCUAAGCCCGAGAAAGACAUCCGGAAUGCCAUUGCGCUGGAACACAAGUUCUUCAUGUCAGACGGCAAGUGGCAUAACUGGCACCAGGACGAUGACGCAGCUUUGGCUCGCCCGAAUUACUUCGUACCCUUCGUUUCCAUGUGGUCGAAGGGUCAUCCCCGCUUCCCCGAAGCCUCUUCAUUUCAUGACCAUUGGGGUAGGCAUGACCAUUGGAAUUGUGACAUCGACACCGAUACAGGCGUCUUCCUACCGCCCGUCGACUACCCUUAUACCAUGGCCAACGAAUCGAAGCUCGAUCCCGAGCUGGACUGGCGCCGGCAGAACUGGACCUCAGCACUUAUGAUGCGCCGGCGAAUGGAUCUGCGUCGCAAUCUGCGUUCCAACUCCCGUCCGCAGUCACAAACCCACCAGGAGGAAGAUUCUAGGCCGGAGCUUCAGCAAGACCCAAUGCUCGUUCACCCGAGUUGGUUUGUGACAGUUGACACACCAAAGCUCGAGCAGCCCGAGUACAUGCACUACGUACCACGGAUUCCCUGCUUUCUUCGCCCGGCUAAGAAGUCUGAUAUGGAGGGGGUGCACCUGAUCUACAACCAAGAGAUGCAGUUUGGUUUUCAGACACUCGACUUCCACUUUCUAUCAGCUGAGGACUUUGAGAAAAUUCUCAACACUACUGAGGAAUUGGGAUUUCCGUUUAUUGUAGCUGUCCGAGGCUCGGCUAGAGACCUGCGGUUGAAAGGGGGAAACAUCUUGCAUUCGCCCUACCGCCAAAUUACCCGUGAUGACUCUGACCGCCACGGCCAGAAGAGCGGUGAAAUCUUGGGCUUUGCGUUCCUGUCGGUAUGGGAGCUCGGACUCACAGGAAGUGGUACGGGAAGCAGCAGGGCUACUGCGAAACUCCAUGUCUUUGUUCACCACGAACACAGGCGCAAAAAGAUCGGCUUCUCGCUGAUGGACAUGAUUUUGACGACGGUGUCAGAUCGCUUCUCGUCGCAUUCCGGCUACGACUUUAUUGACGCUGACGAUAACCCCAUCUACAAGAGCCCCAAGAGUCACGAGCGAAAGUACUUUCGGAUCUAUGUCAACUACCUUGUCAAACACAAGCACAUAGCCGAGGGGAACAAGAAGCUUGAGGAGGAGCAGAAGGGGUACGAUGACGAUUUGGUUUGGGUCCGCAAGAUGCUGGAGGAUGGCCUCAAUUUUACCGAGAAGGUACGCUUUGAGGCAGUUCACCGCACUCCAAAGUGCCGCGAAGGCCCUGCCUUUUGGCUUGAUUCCGUGGUCUUUGAGCACACGUGCCAGUUUGACCCACGGUCUCUGGGCGAAUUUUGA